CGUACUUCGUUGUUUUGUAGGCGUGACCGUGACGCAGACGCUGGUCAAAACGGCAUGUAUAAUAGCUAGCUAAUUGAUAUUAGCUUCAUCCAAGACGUUUUCAAAACAGGAACCUAGCUACACCUCACGUCAUGGCCACGGGGACAGACCAGGCCGUGGGCAUGAGCCUGGUUGGCUUCAGCCUCUUCCUGUUCACCUACUACACGAUCUGGGUCAUCAUUCUGCCCUUUGUGGAUGGUGACCAUGUUGUACACAAGUAUUUUCUUCCGCGGGAGUAUUCUGUUAUCCUGCCUGGGAUCGCAGCCCUCCUGCUGCUGCUCUUUAUCGGGACAUUUAUAGGUGUGGUCACUUGGAAAAAUCGCAAACCAAAGAAGGUGGACUAAAAUGCAAGCUGUCAGCAUGAUGAGAUGUGUCUGCUUGCUGUGCUAUUAGUGUCUCUAGAACCUCUUGGUUAUCCUCAUUCCCUCAGGGUUAGCGGUCUGGCCUGUGCCACCAGCUGAACACUCAAGACCCAGACAAUCUAGAUGACGGGAGAAUUGUGACAGGAUUUGUUGAAGAACUGCUCAAUAAUUUUUUAUCACAUUUGUCCUUCAAUAAGAAUGCCUACAGUCUUGUUGUGAUGGUGUGUACUGAAGAAUUCUGUCAUUAACCACUGAUCAAUUAACAAUAAUAAAGAUUACAAAUAAUGAUUACUCUAUUGCUUUUAUUUUGUUUUGAAUGUUCUAAAUAUAAUUAACAAUUUGCUAUAUUAGCUCCUGGUCAUAUUUCCAUGAGCUAGCAAGGUAUAGAUCAAACAUUGUUUAUUAUAUUUAGAACAUUUAAAACAGUAUAAAAGUCAUAUAGAAAACAUUAUUUGUAAUCGUUAUUAUUGUUAAUUGAUCAGUGUUUAAUGACAGACCUCUUCAUUAGUGUUAUCUACUCUAAAAGGUGGUGUGUUUCAUAGACGUCUGUGAGGAUGAACAGGUCCAGAUAUAUGUUCCACUUGUUAGGACAUGUUAUUCUAACCUGAAAUGCUUCUUUAUCAAGAAAGUCCUUUUUUUAAUUGUCAUUAUUAAUGUGUUUACACUACAUGUUAGGAAAGUUCAUACUUCAUUAAAAAAAUCGAAUGUAAACACAACUGCAACAUCA